AUGGAGUCUCCGCGCCGGCUUGAAGAAGCCAAUAAUUCAGAAAACAGGACACUCAGCGCUGCCUCUCGCCAAUCUCGUGCCGCGACCGAGGGCGCCGUGUCCAGCCUUACCGCUACACGUUCGGUGGCGAGCCCAAACAAGAAGGGUCCCACGGUUGUCGAGGUGGGAAUCCACCCUCAUGUUGGUGAUCCAUACUUUACUGGAACGAUCUAUCAUGAAGAACCAUGGCUAGCUAAAGAUAAAGCUCAAUGGUACACCACCUCAAGGCCAAGUGCCGAGCCGUAUUUUAAUCAUGUCAAAUCCGUGUCGGAUCAAUUCCCCCGACUGAGAUACCUUGCAGAGUUUAUGGAGGCGUCGACAGUCCCCAAAAAGAGUGCCUCGCUUCCGCCGUUGGAAAUUAUGGAAAGGCAAUCCCGGGUGAAGGUCGCCCAUAUUGAUUUUACCGCGCCAAAUCGCAUGGUCCAGCAUGCACUGGAGAGUCGUGAACAGCUUGCUAGUCUUCUACAAACGUCAAUUCAGCCGACGACAUCCAAGCGCAACUGCCUCUUCAUCGUCGAGGAUCUCUCUCAGGCCGUCAUCGAGCUUUUCGGAACAGCCUUUGACAUUGACCCAACCUUCUUCCGAGGUCAUCUGGAAGACCAUACCUGGUUCAAUAUCAAGGAUGAUUGGGUCGAGAUGCCGGAGUUGGAGUCGCAGGCGAGACAACGGUCGUUCGUCAAUCUGCGAUAUAUGCAACCGCGGUUUUUCGACAAUCCGGAUGAAUCGCAGCGGGCCAAGGAGCAAGCUGGGGAGUGGAACAUUUUGAGACGAAUCGAUUUGGAAGCCCAGGUAAGGUCGGGUGCUAAAGCAUGGUGGGAACCAUCUCCUCAUCAGGUUGGACUGCUGCGGCGGAAAAUCUCCAUAUGGAGUAGGGAAGAUAAAUCCGGUUGGACCGGCAUCAUCCUCGUCGACCCUUCACUUACGGAGGGUUACCCUCUCUGGAAAGGCUACGGUAGAUUCGACAGCCCUCCCCGAAUGAAUGAGAAGUCGAACGGUAUAAUUCUACCAAACAAUCCCUUGUUCGAUAAUCUCAUGAGCAGCGUCACUUCACUCACCCCCGAAGACGCCACGCGGCUCUCUUCGGAUCCGGAGUACAUCACUAGCAAGAUCUAUCCGUUCAUCUUCGCUGAAAUCCUCGUCACGCUCCAGUACACGUUCACCGGCCUCUUCCAGAUCGAGUGGGUGCUCGACUCGGAGCGUCGCCACAGCCCAGAGGAUCUUGACCGUGCCCUGGACAAUCUCCACAAAUGGCAACGCCGACUCCCGUUUUACUCGAGCUGGAUUAAAGAUAGCAUCUCGAACCUCAGAGGGCGCUACGCUGUUCAGAGCGACACUUCCAUUGAAACUUCCGUGCCACAACCCUCAUCCGCACCGCCGUUAAACUGGCAGUCCGACAUUAUACGCGACUACCACUCGCUCCUCGACCACCUCAACACCCUCCAGCACCGCACUGAGAAGAUCAUGUCCAUGGCCACCGCGAUCAUCAGCGUAGAAGAGAGCAAGAAAGCGAUGGUCGAGUCGCGCAACAUGAGCCGCAUCACCUACCUCGCCUUCGUGUUCGUGCCCUGGUCUUUCGUCACGGGCUUUCUGAGCAUGAGCGAUGAGAUCAACCACCGCAGUGCGAUGGUGUACGGCGUUUUCUUCGUCACCGCGGUACCGCUGAGCAUUCUCGCGGUCGUCUUAGCGGCGUAUUGGGAACAGAUUAUGCGGUGGUGGGAGACGAGGAAGUUGAAUCAAAAGGGGAAGAAGUCCAAGGGGUGA